GAGGCAUGUGAUAAGCGGUCUGCACUGGCAGACUCCGGAUGCAUUUUGAGGAUAUCAUCAACACAAGAUUGAAAAAGGUAGCGGUAACGCAGCAUGACCAAACGUGUACUACACGUGGGGGUGUUCCGAGGCUUGUCAGUGUUUGGUCGAGACUGUCGACCAGUCAUUAAAUCAACACGCCGGGGGAACAUGCAGACUAAAACCGGUGUGGUAGGAGAGGGUCACUGGACCCCGUGUAAGGAGAAGAGCGAAGUCACGUCGUGAGCCAGGUUAAGUGUGCAAGAAGUGCCUGCAGCUAGGAGCCGGCAGCCUGUAGCUAGGAGCCUGCAGCCAGGAGCCAGCAGCUAGGAGCUUGCAGCCUUCAGCUAGGCGCCUGCAGCUAGGAGCCUGCCGCCUUCAGCUAGGCGCCUGCAACUAGUAUCUAGCAGCCUGCAGCUAGGAGCCAGCAGCUAGGAGCUAGGAGCCUGCAGCUAGGCGCCUACAGCUAGUAUCCAGCAGCCCGCAGCUAAGAGCAAGCUUGACCCUUGGGCGGGGUUAUUGGCAGCUUGGAGCAAGAAGUACGCCGCGCGGGUUAAAGAUGUGGCCUUGCUAUACCUGAUCAACCAGACUGUAAUACAUGCGUCAGGCUGCGAGCAGCGCCGUUCAACAGCCUGGUUGGUCAGUCCAUCGACCAGGAGGCCGGGUCCGGAGACCUGUCCACAAGGACCUUGUUCCCCCACAAUCAACCCAAGGUGUGCCGUUCCCACCGUCACAUAAGUUAACAUGUACAGAAGUGUUCGAUCCCAAGACGGGCAAGCCCAAGUUCGAGUGGCUGAAGAACCACUUCAUCCUGGAGGGCCGCAUCGACGAGGCGGCGGCCCUUCGCAUCAUCAACGAGGGAGCCGCCCUUCUUCGUCAGGAGAAGACCAUGAUCGAUAUUGAGGCGCCCGUCACUGUGUGCGGCGACAUCCACGGGCAGUUCUAUGACCUCAUGAAGCUAUUUGAGGUCGGGGGCCCACCCAACUGUACUAAAUAUCUCUUCUUAGGGGACUAUGUAGACAGGGGCUACUUUAGUAUAGAGUGUGUUCUGUAUCUAUGGGCGCUUAAGAUAUGCUACCCCAACACCUUAUUUCUAUUAAGAGGAAACCACGAGUGUAGGCAUUUAACAGAAUACUUCACAUUUAAACAAGAAUGUAAGAUCAAAUACAGUGAGCGAGUGUACGACGCGUGCAUGGAAGCGUUUGACUGCUUGCCGCUCGCUGCCCUCAUGAACCACCAGUUCCUGUGUGUCCACGGCGGCCUCUCCCCAGAGCUACACACACUCGACGACAUCAGAAAGCUGGACCGGUUCAAAGAGCCACCUGCAUUUGGUCCUAUGUGCGACAUACUCUGGUCUGACCCGUUAGAAGAUUUUGGUAACGAGAAAAAUGCAGAACAUUUCUCCCAUAACUCUGUUCGAGGUUGUUCAUAUUUUUACAGCUAUGCAGCUUGCUGUGACUUCUUACAACACAAUAAUCUUCUGUCCAUAAUUAGAGCCCACGAAGCUCAAGAUGCAGGGUAUCGUAUGUAUCGCAAGAGCCAAACGACAGGAUUUCCCUCUCUUAUCACAAUAUUCUCUGCUCCUAACUACCUGGAUGUGUACAACAACAAGGCUGCUGUAUUGAAAUACGAGAACAACGUAAUGAAUAUCCGGCAAUUCAACUGUUCACCUCACCCUUACUGGCUACCCAACUUCAUGGAUGUCUUCACAUGGUCACUACCAUUUGUAGGGGAAAAAGUAACGGAGAUGCUGGUAAAUGUACUGAACAUCUGCUCAGAUGAUGAGCUAAUGGAUGGAGAAGAAUCACUUGAUGAAGCAACAACAGUGCUAAUUGUGCCGGAAAAAGGAGCCUUGCGGAAGGAGGUUAUCCGAAACAAGAUUCGUGCUAUUGGCAAAAUGGCUCGAGUUUUCUCAGUUUUAAGAGAGGAGAGCGAAAGUGUGUUGCAGCUGAAAGGUCUUACCCCUACUGGUGCUCUGCCACUUGGAGCGUUGUCAGGUGGAAAAGCGUCAUUGAAAAAUGCAAUGGCAGGCUUCUCUCCAAACCACAAGAUUACAUCCUUUGCGGAGGCUAAGGGUCUCGAUGCAAUGAAUGAGCGCAUGCCUCCAAGGAAGGAUGCGCCCGCAAUCACUCAGCCUGUCUCCUCUCCUGCCUCAGAAGAUGCAGACAAGUCCAACUCAUCCAACACAGCACCCAACACCCACUUGUGAAACCCACAGCCUCAGGUUGGCUUGGUGUGUGAAUGUAGGUGAUGAAAUGUAAACAUGCUGAUCUCAAGUGUGUGGUGACUGAGCAGGGUGAGGCUGUCUGGCCAGUUACUGGUUGUGAUGCAAGUGUUGCCUCAGCCCCUGGUGGGCCUCACUGGUCAGCCAACCCCACUGGAAAUCCUGCCAAACUGUUGCCGCUAUCAAUGCUACUGUCGGCUAGGACUGGGCUAGGCCAGGUCGCGGGCCAAGUGAUCUUGGGGGCCCAUCAGUGCUGCCACCACAGAGGGUGCAUGGAAGAGUGGCAGAUGCGGCCUGGCCGGCCCCAGGUCACCAGCACCAAGCUGCUGCUGCUAGAGACUUAUGACUCGGUCACCUAACCCCUUCCAGUGUCCUUUCCAGUACACUGUCAGACUACCACCCUCUGUGUUGCCUACACUGUUGGAUUUCAGUUACACCCUCUUUACCCAUUGUGUUGGUGAUGACAUAAGACAGGACCAUGAGUGUUUCCAUGGAGCUGCCAGGGCUGUCAUUGUUUGAGAGCCUUUGCUAGGCCCCAGCUCUAAUGAAUAGCCAGUGGACAGGCGUUAGCACAGUGGUGUGAAAUGUGACUGCGUGAACCCUCCAGAAAGGCCAUAAUGACCAGGAGUCACCAGCUGCAGUGUCUGUCCAGGUUGUGUCACAUACUAACAAUGAUACGUCUACAUGAAACAUUACUCACAUUAUCUAAGUGAAACCUGUUCAUACAUUGACAAAAUCAUGUAAAUAGUUUUCUUUAUUAUUGUGUAUAGCAUGCUUGAAUAAUUACAGACUGUCGUACAGCCUCUCUAAAACCCCCUCUGUAGCAAGACAGCAGCCUGUGUAUUGGUCCAAUGGACUGUUGGCAAGCUUUUCCUGAAUAUCUGCCAUCAAUGUGACAUUUAAGGAUGCAAUACAUUUUGGCCUGUGUGCAAUAUAUCCUCAUUCUCAUCUAGAAUCCGAAAUUAUCUUAGGUUAGAAAUGGUAGCUUGUCAUCUCUUGAUCAUUGUUCUGUGGCUCCUCAAAAUGUAAUUUCUAUAAGUUUAAUACCAUGUAGUGUUAAGCCAUAUUCUACAGAGGGAGUGGUGUACAUGCCGCAGAGAAGCAACCUGUUUCCAGGACUAUUAAUCCUCAUGUAAUUUAGUCCCUCUGAUGGUACCGUUACAUGUUAAAGAUGAUCCUGUUGCUAAUGGACGUUUUCUUCUUGAUGGUAAUUUUCAUACAUGCAACUGUUUUGUCAUGUGAGACUGUAGGAUUCAUAUUUAUCAAUUCUGCCAUAUUAAGUGUUAUAUAAAAGAUUACUACUAAUAAUAAGUCGUGUUUAAAAACAAAUUUUAUGCCUUUUUCCAAACCAAAGUGUCCUAGUCAUAUUUCUCGCGUGGAAACAAGGCAUCGGGGCCCAGCGAGUAGCAUGUUGGGCCUGUCGGAGCCCCAUCUCCCUUCCCUCCCUCCCACCCCAAGAAAAUUGUGGGCCUUGCUCGCUGUGUGCUAGGAUCCAUCAGCCAUCACUUCCCCCAUGUUUUAAGUGUUCACACAAAAACCAUAAAGGAAGUUUACCAUCCUGUAAUUGCUCUCACUCAUUUUUCACUUUGAAACUUUGCUGGUUGGUGUAAAUUUUUAACAUGCAAGUAGCCCUUAACUUUUUUUCUCUUGUAGCUCUUAAUACCCAUGAGAAAUAUGUGAAUGUGCGUUGAAAGUGGUUAUAAUGCUAUGUUAAUAUUUAUGAUUAUAGUGAGGAAAAACUGAAUUUGAAAUACUUUUAAUUGUGAGGUAGAUGUUGAUUGCUUCAAUCUGGUAUAAAUACAUUAUUUUCUUGUGGAAUAGGAUCCAAGUUUUCUCUUGUUACCUUGUUCAAUUAAUAAAUCUAUUAGAAAAGUGUCAAAUGUUGUAUAUCACAAAUAUAACCUUCCAUAUUGUUUUUACAAUUUGAAGCUGAUGUUCUGUUGUCAGUCCAAAGUAUAAGCUCCUUUAUGCCAAGCUUUUAAAGGCCAAGCUAUUCCAGGCUGCUGCAUGGAAGUGGCUGAUGGUAUAGGCUCAGAACCAUUGAAUUGCAAUAACAGUAUACUGUAAAGAUAUGACUAUAUAACAUUACAUAAGGUGUGUGUGCAUGUACUUAUGUAUGUAUAUAUUGUGCAUUUGUACAUACCUAUGUAUGUAUAUAUUGUGCAUUUGUACAUACACACACACACUACACACAUACACACACACACAUACACACACUACACACGCACACAUGAUGGAGGUAGCGAGUAUGUUGGUGUAGAGCCCCCCACAGCCACCAAAUAAGAUUCCUGCACCCCUGGACAAUGUGGCCUUGAGCCCUUGCUACAGGUCAGUCAUUGAGAGGCAAAUCCCAGUCUGCUUCCUCAUGCAGUGUACAGGAAACUGUUUAUCCCUUGCAUACACAUCACUAAGAGAUAAUAAGACAUGUUAAUUAUUAUAAACUUCUCAAGUGUAAUCAGUAAAUAUUCCUGAGCCAUAAUCAUGACCUGUAUCAGUGUGUUACAAACUACAAGCCUUUGUGCAACUGUUUUAUACUUCUCAGCAUCUCUGCCUUUGUGGUGUACUGUAAUAUACUUAGUUAUAUAGCCAUGUUCAUUCUUUUUGUUUAACUGUUCUAAUUCAAAGGAUAAUUAUUAUGACUGAACGUUUGCAUUGUUUCGACAUUGAGAUUCUAAAUAAAUUCUAAGAAUCUUUAA